CCCUCCUGUCCGUCAUUUUCUCGUCACCUACAUAUCUCCGGCUCGCCGUCGGCGUCGCCGCCUCCUCCUCCUUCGCCCGCUGGAGGCGCCCAUAGCGACCUCACCGGUGGGUUUGCUGAAGUGACAUCGGCCGAGGUGGAACUGGUUGGGGGGAGUCCAUUUCGGGUUCGAGCAGCCUGAGCCGGCGCGCCGGCAGCGACGGAGUCGUGCAGUUGAGUUGAGAUGGCAAACAUUCCCCACUCCUUCGCAGGGGCCUCGCCUCCGUCCCCCUCUCCGAUGGCUGGCAGCAGCAGCGGCCCCGCCCCGGGCCAGGCAGCCAAGGACAAGAAGAUGGCGUCCGCGGAACAGCUGGUCCUGGAACUCUGCGACCCUGAACUGCGCGAGAACGCUUUACUUGAGCUCUCCAAGAAAAGGGAGAUUUUUCAAGAUCUUGCUCCGCUGCUUUGGCACUCAUUUGGCACAAUUGCUGCGUUACUCCAGGAGAUUAUAUCCAUUUACCCGUCACUAUCACCCCCCACACUGUCACCUGGAGCAUCAAACCGAGUUUGCAAUGCUCUUGCACUUCUGCAGUGUGUUGCAUCGCACCCUGAGACCAGGAUCCUUUUCCUAAAUGCUCAUAUUCCAUUGUACCUGUACCCUUUCCUCAACACUACCAGCAAAACGAGACCUUUUGAGUACCUAAGGCUUACUAGCUUGGGGGUCAUUGGUGCUCUUGUCAAGGUUGAUGAUACUGAAGUCAUCAGUUUUUUGCUGCAAACUGAAAUAAUUCCUCUGUGCUUGCGAACCAUGGAGAUGGGUAGUGAGCUAUCCAAAACUGUGGCAACUUUCAUCGUCCAAAAGAUUCUUCUAGAUGAUGUUGGGCUGCGCUACAUUUGCGCCACUGCUGAGCGUUUCUUUGCCGUAGGCAGUGUUUUAGCAAACAUGGUUGUUUCACUUGCUGAUCAGCCCUCCACAAGGCUGCUGAAGCACAUCAUUCGUUGUUACCUCCGGCUGUCAGAUAACCCUAGGGCUUGUGCUGCAUUGCAGAGCUGCCUUCCAGACAUGCUCAAAGAUGGGACCUUCAAUAACUGCCUUAGGGAUGAUCCAGCGACAAGGCGCUGGCUCCAACAGCUCCUGCACAAUGUGACUGGCGGAGGCAUGGGAGGUGCUCCUCAACCAGGAAUGGAUCCCAUGAACAUGGGAAUGUGAUGUGCAUUCUAGUUGUUGCAAUUCACUGCAAUAACACAUCACCUCUCAGUGAAUUACAACUAGAGAAGAUCUGGCCACUGUCCAGAUGAAACUUAGUAUGGUGUAGCCUGACUUUCUGCCGGGGUAAAAAUAGGAAUGUUGUUUGGUAUUGCCAUAAGCUAAGCUGUAGAAACAAGAUCGGCAGGCUUCUGUUAUUGUGUUCUUGCACCGGAGCUCUUGUGCGUUGACCCUUCAGAACCUGAGAACAAAGGAGGAAACCCCCGUCCCGUGAAGCUUUGUCGCAGUGCCGAUCGAUCAAGAUCUUGAAUUGCUUCAGAUGAUGCCAUAAGAAAGCAUACUGAAAAGAAGUGUAUGCCGUGUGCUAUAUUUUACGAGUUUAUGGGUUGCUUUUGUCUUUCUAGUGGCGUCGUGUAACAAAGUCCGCUGUUCUUAAUUUGUUCAGGUAACAAUUAAUUAAUCCAGCAAUAUUUUUUCCC